AUGUAUGGCGGAACAGCCAAGGAGAUCAGCUCCCUCGUUUCCACGAUAAACAAGCUGGCACAUGCACGUGAGGAAUGCGAGGACGAGCCUCAACUCAUCAUCGUGUUGAUUGAUGAGAUUGACAAACUAGUACCAUGCCGGAAGCAGGUAGCCAGGAAAAAUGAGCCAUUGGAUACGGUCCGCGCUACCGCUGAAGUUCUCACUGGCAUCGAUAGACUUCGCUCGGCCAUUAAUGUUGUCUGGAUCUUCACAACAAACCUAGUGGAUGAUCUCGACCCCGCGUUUGUUGAUCGAUGCCUCCUAAGAGAAGCUAUCAAAGCUCCUGUUGCCAAUUGCAUAUACGAGUUGUUGCGAGCAGAGCUCAAUACGAGAAUCCAACGCGGCGAAAUCCUGCUAGAUCACAUGGCAGAGUCAGCAUCUAGUCAUGGACUCCAGACCACUGGACGCAUUAUAAAUGCAGAUGCGGCCACCAGUGACAUCCCUCUGAUAGAGAUCCCAAGUCUCAAGGCCGCUAAAGUGCAUCAGUCAGCAACGCUCCAUACAGUUGUGCAGAUGUUGCAACACAUAUCAACGCUGUCAAUGGGCAUAUCAGCCAGACAUCUCAGAGGCCUACUGAAAGUGUCUCACUUCCAAUGCAGGGUCUAUGGCCGACCCACGCUACAAGAAGCGCUCACUGCGUUCGAGAUACUGGUACGGAAAGAGGUUGAGUUAUCCCCAGAACAGGAUGUCAGCAGUGUCAUGGCGGCACGCGAUGUAGAGGAUUGCGAAGAUGCUGAUAUGGAACUUCCCAUGGGUGAUAGCCAGCAAGGCAAUGGUGAAGACAUUUCUCUUCCCAUCGACGUCAAUAUCUACAGUUCCGACUUGUAA